CCGGCCCAGAGCUGCCGUCUCCCCCGCUCCCUUCCGCCCCGAUUCCCGGGAGCCGGGGCUUUUCCUCGCCCGCCUCCAGCGGGCAGCCUGGCCGCUGCUGCCUCCCCGAGUUGGCGGCCUUCCAGUUUCCUGUUUGACGUCACGGGCCUCUCUUUCUCCCCUGCCGCUUGCUGCUCUUUUUGCAACUUGCGCUGCGUUUCGCUUGUAAUCCGAGAAGCCCCCGGAACGGGGCAACCUCAGCUGCCGCCUGGAGAGAUCGCGCUGCGCUUUACUACCGCCGGGAGUUGCUUCUCCCUCCCUGCUGCCUCUCUCGCGGGGUCUCUUUUUUUAGCCUGCGGGAGGAAAAGAGGAAUAAAAAAAUCCGGAUUGCUUUGACUCUGUGCAAACCUCCCCUCCCUCCUCCACUCGCCUCCUUGGUGCGGGUUUUUUGCACGCCAAGAGCACGAAGGAAGAGUAUUUAAAAAAAUUUUUUUAAGGGAGUAGGAGGCGAAAAGAGAAGCAAUUGGCGGAUAAAGGUUCUAGUCCGCAAGAACUUGGGAGCAUGCACCCGUGCUUUUCCGACUAGCCGCCGCUUCUUGCAGCCGACCGGGGGUUGCCCUUUUUGCAGGGCGCAAAAUCGCCCCUUCCGAGGCGCGCCGUUCGCUGUUCUUUCACUUCUGGGAAACCAACAUGGACAGAAAACAAGAUCCUAAAGGAUCCUCGGAAAAGCGGAAAGGAGGGCUGAGGAAGAAACGGCCGCCCCUCUUGAGCAUGCCACCAGCAAACAAGCAGUCAUCCGUCCCCCCAACACCUCCAAGGAACUUGGAUUCCAGGACUUUCAUCACUGUUGGUGAGAAGAACUUCGAAGUAGAGGCCGACGACUUGGUGAGCAUUUCGGAGUUGGGAAGAGGAGCUUAUGGCGUGGUGGAGAAAGUGUAUCAUGCGCAGAGCGACACCACCAUGGCUGUGAAGAGAAUCCGAGCCACUGUGAACUCUCAGGAGCAGAAGAGGCUAGUGAUGGACCUGGACAUUUCCAUGAGGACCGUGGACUGCUUUUACACUGUCACGUUCUACGGAGCCCUUUUCAGAGAGGGUGAUGUGUGGAUCUGCAUGGAGCUAAUGGAUACGUCCCUGGAUAAAUUUUAUAAGAGGGUCCUGGAAAAGAAGAAGACGAUCCCCGAAGACAUACUUGGGAAAAUAACCGUGUCUAUUGUCCGAGCCCUGGAGCAUUUGCAUAGCAAGCUGUCUGUGAUUCACAGAGACGUAAAGCCGUCCAAUGUCCUUAUCAAUAAACAGGGACAUGUCAAAAUGUGCGACUUCGGGAUCAGUGGAUACUUGGUAGAUUCCGUGGCAAAGACCCUGGAUGCUGGUUGCAAACCUUAUAUGGCGCCAGAGAGAAUAAACCCUGAGCUGAACCAGCAGGGAUACAAUGUGAAAUCGGACGUCUGGAGCCUGGGCAUCACCUUGAUUGAAAUGGCCAUUCUCCGAUUCCCGUACGAAUCCUGGGGCACCCCUUUCCAGCAGCUGAAGCAAGUGGUGGAAGAGCCCUCGCCUCAGCUGCCUGCUGAGCAUUUCUCACAAAACUUUGUGGACUUCACAGCCCAGUGUUUGAGGAAGAAUCCUGCCGAACGAUUGAGUUAUGUGGAGCUCAUGGCUCACCCGUUCUUCACUAUGCACGACACCCGCGAGACUGAUAUGGUCUCCUUUGUCACAGAAAUCCUCGGAGACGACUCCUAAAGUCCCACGUACCUCACCAUCGGAACAAAAGAACCAGCCCUGCCUUUCUCCUGGCGGGGAGAGAAAACGGAAUAAGGAUUUUUAUAGCAUCAACUGUGGUUUGCACAAAAAGAGAAUGAAUGUCUCCGCUGCUUCCUUCCCGCUCCCCCCCCCCAAAUAUUUUUUCUCUUCCCUCCCACCCCCUUUCUCGGCAUCAUGCUGGACUUAGAGCGAUUUUAUUAUUAUUAUUUAACAAGAGGCCUCUACGAAUGGCAUGUUUUUGACAUGUCUUCGAUCCCAACUGUAGCCACACACAAUCUGCUUUAAGGGUUGGAGGUUGCUGUCACCUCUCCUUCGGGUGGGUUUUGAGAAAAGCAUAUUGUUGUGUGCAUGUGUGUGUGUAUGUUUGUGUUCCUAUGAGCAUGUGUGCUUUUGCUUGGGGAGACCUGAGCCCAUCGAAAACUGCAUUAAUACAAAAUCACAGCGGCCAUGGAAAUGUCACCUGCCGCAGGUUAACCAGCAGAGCUGCAGGGCUGGUUGUUUUUUGGGUGGUGUCACUUCAUCUUGCAAGCGGCAGAUUGCAUUAAAUAUAUAUAUAUAUAUAGCUCAGUCGGUAGAGCAUGAGGCUCUUAAUCUCAGGGUCGUGGGUUUGAGCCCCAUGUUGGGCAAAAGAGUCCUGCAUUGCAGGAGGUUGGACUAGAUGCCUCUCGUGGCCCCUUCCAACUCUAUGAUCUGAUAUCUAUGAACUGAACCCACACCCCAGUUACUCUCUGUAUGUAGAAAACUAGCUCUUAGAGCAGGAAGGAAGAGUUGAUUAAAUGUUCUCCUCCACUGUGGAAGUCUGGGAAGGACUCUCACCUAUAAUUCUGUUUUUAACACGACUCUUAGUUUUGUUAUCGCCCCCAAACAUUUACAGUCAAACCUCGGUUUACACCUACCUGUUUGUGACCGCUUCGGCGAGCGACCGCUGCGGACCCGGAAGUGUUUACAUCCGGGUUCCGUGGCGUUGGAUGCGCAGACGCGAUCUGCGCAGCUCGCUCAUGUGCAGAAGUGAUCUGUGCAGUGCGUGCGCAGAAGCGCUCUAUCUGCGCUUUGCGCACGUGCAGAAGCGUGCCUUUGGGGAGCGACGGCUUCGGCGAGUGACCGCCUCCAUGGAAUGGAUUGUGGUCGCAAACCGAGGUACCACUGUGCUCAUUUAAUUCGGACACCCGUUUUUCUUAGGCCUAAACAGACGUCGCCUUUAGCUUUCCACAGCUAAAUGUAAUAUAUCAUCAGUUUAUUUUAAAUGCUCUGUCCUGUCACAGUUGUGUGGCAAAAUCAGUAGACACACACAUACACAAACCCAUCUUUAAGCACAAGCAGAGAGUCUCUCUCUCCAAAGUGAUUGAGUUGAGCUGCCAUCUCUCUGGUGACCUAAGACCACAGGUGCGUCCUGUUGUCGGACUGCCCUACCCAUCAUCCCUCACCUGUUGGCCCUGCUGGGGUUGAUGGGAUUUCUAGCCGAGCAACGUUUUGAACACCACGUGUUCCCCACCCCUGCUAUAGAAAGAGCCCCAAGGGGACCGGCAGGCAGUUCCUAGCCAUAUUUAACGGAACGUCGGCAGUGGAGGGAAGAAUCCUAACGUCCAGUUUUAUCUAACAAAUCCCCAGAGCUUUCCUUUUUAAUGAAAAUAGCAGUUGGACGUGGGGUGGGGUGUCUAUAUGUAUUGGGGUGGGGCAUGUUGAGACUUCUGCUGCUGUCUUUUUCUACCCAAAAUUCUCUCUCUCGCACACACACCAGCUUCAAUACCACCCAGCCAGUAUGGUCGGUUGCCAGCGAUGAUGGGAGUUGUAGUCUUAACAAGGCUUU